UACAAAGAUCGAAAACGACGAGAAAACGUCAAACAAACAAAUGGACGGUGCCAGCGACAGCUCAGACGAGGAAAACAUGGAUCAAGAUGGUGAUUCUGAACCAGAAGAAGUUACUGAGAAAGUAGUUGACCCUGAAGUGCAUAAACUAGAACUCGAGGUCCAAGCUAAUCCUUAUAAGUAUGAUUCACAUUUACAACUCAUUAAGCUUGUACGAGCAUCUGGAGACUUGGAUAAACUAAGAGAAAUAAGACAGAACAUGAGCAAGAUAUUUCCUCUUACUGAAGAACUUUGGCUAGAGUGGAUAAAGGAUGAACUUCCUCUYGCAUGUUUACCUGAACACAGAAAGAUGAUCCUGUCUCUAUUUGAACAUGGAGUAAAAGACUACCAAUCUGUGAAACUAUGGAUUGAGUAUUGUCARUUCAUAAUGGACAACAUGGAAGGUGAUGAUGGUCUAUCAAAUGUAAGAGAUGUGUUUGAAAAAGCUAUUGUUGCAGCAGGACUUCAUGUCACAGAGGGUUCAUCAAUCUGGGAUGGUUACAGAGACUUUGAGAUGGCUAUUCUUGAUUCAUUUGAGCAAAUGCUGACAGAUGAGAACAAAAACACCAUGGAAGAAAAAAUUGAAUCUCAAAAAGAAAGAGUUAAGUCACUGUUUAGGCGACAAGUUGCUAUUCCUCUGUUAGGCAUGCAAGGAACAAUGAGGGAUUUUGAAGACUGGGUAGAGGAUGAAGAAGAAAUACCAGAAGCAGUUGAGCAGGCGCAUGCUAAAGCAUUGGCCAAACUAGAAGAAAUAAUACCUUAUGAAGAUACUGUUGCCAGUGCAGAGCCCCCAAAGCUCACUGAAUACAGGUCAUAUUUAGAGUACGAAGUCAAGAAGGGGGAUCCUGCUAGAAUACAAUGUCUUUAUGAGAGAGCAAUUAAAGAAAACUGCCUUGUGGGUGACCUGUGGAUAGAAUACACUGGAUAUCUGGACACCAAGUUAAAAAUGUCAUCUGUUGUGCUCCCAGUCUAUGAGCGUGCUCUACGCAACUGUCCUUGGGUUUCAGUGCUUUGGCAAAAUUACAUGAAAGCUUUGGAAAGAUCAAAAGCUAAAGAAACUACAAUGAAAGAGACACUAGACAAGGCUUUGACCUGUGGAUUCACUAACGCACAAGAUUAUCUUCAGUUAUGGCAUUGUUAUUGCUCGUUUCUGAGAAGACAAAUCGAAGAAUGGAGUCCAGGUAACUCACAUAACAGAA